UCUCUCUCUCUCUCUCUCUCUCCGUGCUCAACAUGGCCGCGAAGCUCCUCCUCCCGCUGCUCAGCGCCUCGGUGUUCUACGCCAUCUUUUACUUUGCGACCGUCAACGGCCUCCGGGGCCUCGCCGACCAGAGCAUCGCCUCCGGGACUCUUCCCGGGACGGACAAAUGGCCGCUUCGGACAGUCUACACGGGAAUAGGCAAGGUCGAUGAGCUCCUCACCAUCUUGACGACCUUUUUCUGGCCGGUUACGGAUGGAGCCCACCCCGCGCUGCUGCUGCAUUCCAUCGCCUUUUCCGGCACCUUCUGCUCUGCCUGGGUCCUCGUCACCCUCGAGUCGUGGAGGAAGGGCAACAAUGGCACGAUUCUGGCGAUCCCAUCAAUCUUUGGCUUGGCCGCCCAAGCUUUGACGUUUGCCUUUGCGACGCCCCUGUAUUGCGCCGUGCAGGUCCACACGUCCGUCACCGCAAGCAAGCCGUCGGCGCAGAACCUCCGCGUCCCCAUCAGCGUCCUGCGAGCGCUGCCGUUUGCCUUUGCGGUGGGCAUGCUCCUCCCAUCCACGCUGAUGACCCUUCCCAUCUCCGCCACCAUCACCCCCGACGUCAAGCAGAUCUUGAUUGCCAUCUGGCAACCUUGGCCCGUCUAUGUCGCGAUCCUGCUGCGCUUUGCGCACACGGCGUUUUCAUCAUCAUCGACGGGGCGGACCGAGGACUCGCCUGAAAACACCGCCAAGGGGCGUCGCUCCCUUCGCUUCGCCUACGCCUUCGCCUUUGCCAACACCGCCAUUCCUCACAUUGUCACACUGACAGUCUCUUUGGCAACCGUUGCCGCGCCCGCCAUUUUCGACGCAAAGUACCGCGAGGCCUUGCACCCCCUCAAUGUAUUCCACACGCCGCUGCCUUGGAAGUCGCCGGUCGUGCAGGUCGCCACGGUAGGCGAAGGCGUGCAUGGCUUCCUGCGAUGGGACUACUUGAUCGGCACGACGGGCGUCUUGGUCUGGGCUCUCAGCCUUUAUAGAACGGCGCAUCGGCUCGUCUACGGGCGCGUCGACAAUCUCGGCCUGCUUUUGAAGACGGCGUGGUUGACCGUGCUCGCUGGCCCCGUCGGAGCCGCCGUUGAGCUCAUGUGGGAAAGGGAUGAGCUGGUGUUCCACGCCAGCAACGUCAAGUCGGAGGCGAGGAAGACAUAAUCCUUGCUGCAGGGAAAUAUGUCGCCUCGAUGGGGGCCAAAGGCUCAUGUACGAUUGAGCAAUGUUGGAGGGACAGGCUUCAAUGACCAUCAGUAGUGGUCUUUCUUGUUCUUCUUGCGAAUACGUCAUCGUCUAGCUAGUCAUCCCACGUUACAGACUUGGUCACCAAAAACUCCUCC